GGAGGGAGAAAUAUGGCCAUUGCCUUAUAGCUUUGGGUUGGAUUUUGAAGCAGUCUCUCCCUCAAAAUUAGCCUUAUUUUGAGCAAGCCCCCGCGCUUUUCUCUCUCUCUCUCGCUCUCUCUCCCUUCUCUUCUCUUCUCUUCUUUUCUCUUCUACUCAAUUCUAUUCCCCAAUUUCCUUUUUCUCCAGUGGCUCGCGCAUUUUCUUCCUUUCUCUUUCACUUCUUCGUACACAAAACCCUAGCUUCUGCGACCCGCAAUCCGAUUUCUCUCUGUUGGCCUCCACGAGUUUGAACUUUGAAUCGUAGAACCCACCGACUCUCUGUGUUUUCAAAGAUUUAUUUAGGGCUCGGUCAACUGUUUCGUCUUUUUCCUCUUUUUUCUCCCCCCUUCGCUUUUGUUCGGGGAUUUUUUUUUUUUCCUUUUUCUGAAGUUUUGAUUUUUCUUGACCAUUUCUUUGCUGAUUUUUUUUCCCUGGUUUAUUGGGUUUUGCAAUUGUAUUCGCGAAAAUUGGUUCAUUUUUCUUCCUUGCUCUGUUUGAAACCAAAAAUUCGUAGCUGUCGCGGAGGUUAGGGUUUUGAGCUGCCAUAGGCCAAGGUCUAGGUGUGCGUAAGCCUUUUUUGUCUUCUUUGGUCAGCGUCUAUAAAUUUUUAGCUUUGGUUUCCGUAGUGAAUAUUGGACGGAAUUUGCUUGGUGCAUCUGGGUUUCUUUUCGAUCAAUUUCUAAUUUUCUAUUCUUUUUUGUUCUUCAGUUUAUUUGACGGGAGUUUUGUGGCUGAAUUUUUGCGUCUUCUUUUAUUAAAUUCUAUAUAUAUAUAUAUAUAUAUAUAUAUAUAUAUAUAUUUAAAUCUGAGUACAUUGCUUUGUUGAUUUCAAUUAAAUUAUGAUUAUAGUGAUGAUAAUGAUGAAAAAUUCACCUUUUUUUUAAAUCAUACCUUUCUAGAAUUUUAGAAUUUCGGACGGAACAUUUUUAGCCGGCUUGAUUUUGAUUGAAAUCCUUGCUAUUUUUGAAUUUUUUUUCGGAUUUGAGGCAACUCUUGUUAUUUCAAGUUUUGGGCCGUCUGUUUAUUCAGACUACUGGUUCUUCAAUAAUGGAUAAAAAGACAAGUGAGGAAGUGGAGGGUGUUCCUACAGCAGAGAAGUCGGAUAACCAAGAGGGUGGUGUAACCUCAAAAGUGAAGGGUGCGGGAAGCAUUAGCAGCAAGGAUAUGCUUUUUAGGGCGGAUAAAAUUGAUUUGAAAAGCUUGGAUAUUCAGCUGGAGAAGCACUUGAGCAGGGUUUGGUCAAGGAAUGUGGGGUCGCAAAGGCGGAAGGAAGAGUGGGAGAUUGAUUUAUCUAAAUUGGAUAUAAGAUAUGUUAUAGCAAGUGGAACUUAUGGGACAGUGUACCGGGGCACUUAUGAUACUCGAGAUGUUGCAGUGAAGCUGUUGGACUGGGGAGAUGAAGGUAUUGCUACAGUUGCUGAAACUGCUGCUCUUCGGGCAUCAUUUCGGCAAGAGGUUGCUGUUUGGCACAAGCUUGACCAUCCAAAUGUUACAAAAUUUGUUGGAGCUUCGAUGGGAACUUCAAACCUGAAGAUUCCUUCUGAAAACUCUUCAAGUGAUGGUUCUAUGUCCCUACCUUCUAGAGCAUGCUGUGUUGUUGUGGAGUAUCUAGCGGGUGGGACACUUAAGCAAUUCUUGAUAAGAAAUAGACGAAAGAAACUUGCCUUUAAGAUUGUUAUUCAGUUAGCUUUGGACCUCUCCAGAGGUUUGAGCUAUCUUCAUUCUAAGAAGAUUGUACAUCGCGAUGUCAAAACUGAAAAUAUGUUGUUGGACAGCCAUAGAAAUCUUAAGAUUGCUGAUUUUGGCGUUGCUCGUGUUGAAGCUCAGAAUCCAAGGGAUAUGACUGGUGAAACUGGUACUCUUGGGUACAUGGCUCCCGAGGUUCUCAGUGGUAAACCAUACAAUAGAAGAUGUGAUGUUUACAGCUUCGGCAUAUGCUUAUGGGAAAUAUAUUGCUGUGAUAUGCCUUACGCAGAUCGUAGCUUUGCUGAAGUCUCCUCUGCUGUCGUGCACCAGAAUCUGCGUCCGGACAUCCCCAGAUGUUGCCCAAGCUCACUAGCACACAUCAUGCGCAAAUGCUGGGAUGCGAAUGCAGAAAAACGCCCAGACAUGGAUGAGGUGGUGAGGUUGUUAGAAGCAAUUGAUACAAGCAAGGGCGGAGGGAUGAUACCUGAAGAUCAGGCUUCUGGCUGCUUCUGUUUUGCACCAGCUCGUGGGCCAUAAUCUAUUCAACAGUUCCUUGGCUGGCAGAUUCUGUUAUGAGUAUUGAAAUCAUGUUCUGGUAAUUACUGCAUCUGAUUUAAUAACAAAAUAAUGUCUAUGUUUGCGGCU